AUGGCCGACGAUAUCCCGCUGGUCGUGGACAAUGGUACAGGCUUUGUCAAGGUGGGCUAUGCAGGCUCCAACUUUCCCGAGCACGUGUUCCCGUCGAUCGUAGGCCGGCCGAUCCUGCGGGCCGAGGAGCGUGAUGCGAUUGCCGCUUCGGGCGUGGAGAUCAAGGACCUCAUGGUGGGCACGGAGGCCGAGGCCGUGCGUAAAUACCUGCAAGUGUCGCAUCCGAUGGAGCAUGGUGUUGUAAAGGACUUUGACGAUAUGCGGCAUGUGUGGAACUAUACAUUCGAUGAAAAGCUGCGCAUUGAUCCGCGCGGCCGCAAAAUUUUGCUGACGGAGCCGCCCAUGAACCCAAAAAAGAAUCGUGAGGAGAUGUGUCGUAUUAUGUUCGAGGAGUAUGGCUUUGACGGAGUGUAUGUCGCGAUCCAGGCCGUCUUGACGCUGUACUCACAGGGCCUGCAGACCGGUGUCGUGGUCGAUAGUGGUGACGGUGUCACGCAUAUUGUGCCCGUGUACGAAGGCUAUGCCAUGCCGCACCUCACGCGCCGCUUAGAUGUGGCUGGGCGCGAUGUGACGCGUCAUCUGAUCAAGUUGCUGCUGCUGCGUGGCUACGCGUUCAACCGUACCGCCGACUUUGAGACGGUGCGGCGGAUCAAGGAGCAGUUGUGCUACGUGAGUUACGACUUGGAUCUGGAUAAGCGCUUGGCUGACGAGACGACGUCGCUCGUCGAGAGCUACACGCUGCCGGAUGGGCGCGUCAUCAAGGUCGGCUCAGAGCGCUUUGAGGCGCCUGAAUGCCUCUUCCAGCCGCACUUGAUCGGUCUCGAGCAGCCGGGCAUCGCAGAGAUGCUCUUCCAGACCGUGCAGACGGCCCCUGUCGACGUGCGCCCCGAGCUGUACAAGCACAUUGUACUGAGUGGUGGCAGCAGCAUGUACCCGGGUCUGCCGAGCCGCCUCGAGAAGGAAAUGAAGCAGCUGUACCUCUCACGCGUGCUUCAGGGCGAUGGCUCACGCCUCGCUCACUUUAAAUUGCGUAUCGAGGAUCCGCCGCGCCGAAAGCACAUGGUGUUCCUCGGCGGUGCCGUGCUCGCCGAUAUCAUGAAGGGCCGCGACAGCUUCUGGAUCAGUCGCCAGGCUUGGUACGAGCAGGGUCCUCAGGCGCUGGAGCGUCUCGGUCGAUAA